GCGGCGGGCCUGGCGGCCGGAGCAGGAGGCGAGGCGGGCGGGCACCUGCUGCUGCUGUCCCCGCCGAGGGGUCCGUGGCGCAGCGGGAGCCGGAGCAGCGGAGCCGGAGCCGAGAGCGCGGACCUGGCCGGAGCGGCAGCGUGAAUGAAAGUUUGGUCCGAAUUGCGCGCCGGGGACUCCAACCGUCAUGUUAAGAUAAAGCAGAAAGGAGCAGUGCUGAACAUGCUAAAGAGGUUAGACAAAAUAAGGUUCAGAGGUCACAAGAGAGAUGAGUUCCUCGAUUUAGCAGAGUCUCCUAAUGCUUCCGACACUGAAUGUGGAGAUGAAAUUCCUAUGAAAAUACCUCGUACGGCAGGCAAAGACAGCGAUGAAUUGAGAGACCCUGCUGGUCCUGGGACCAUCAACAUGGCUUCGGGAGUCCAGGAUUACAACAGAACGGAGUCGGAUAGAUUAAAUGAGAUCAAAGGCCAUCUGGAAAUUGCCUUACUGGAAAAACACUUUCUACAGGAGGAGCUCAGGAAGUUGCGAGAAGAAACGAAUGCUGAAACAUUGAAACAAGAGCUGGAAAAAGAACGUCUACGAAGGAUAGAACUGGAGCAAAAAGUCAAUGAAAUACUUAAAACCAGAACAGAAGAGUCACCACCACCUCCGCCCCCAAAAGCACAGACACAAGCCAACGGAACAGAUAAACGCAGCAACAUGAUGUGUUCACGGGUUCAAAAGUGGGUCUAUGACAAAUUUGGGGAAUAUAUUGAAGACUUCAGGUUUCAGCCCGAAGAAAACACAGUUGAAACAGAAGAACCACUUAGUGCUAGAAGGCUCACAGAAAAUAUGAGACGAUUAAAGAGAGGUGCCAAACCCGUCACAAAUUUUGUGAAGAAUCUUUCUGCCUUAUCAGACUGGUAUUCUAUCUAUACUUCUGCUAUUGCCUUUAUUAUCUACAUGAAUGCUGUAUGGCAUGGCUGGGCCAUUCCUAUGUUCUUAUUUUUAGCAAUUUUGAGGUUAUCCCUAAAUUACCUCAUAGCCAGAGGGUGGAGAAUACAGUGGAGUAUUGUGCCUGAAGUUUCUGAGCCCAUUGAACCUCCAAAGGAAGAUCUAACAGUGUCAGAAAAAUUCCAGCUCGUUCUGGACGUGGCACAAAAAGCACAGAAUUUGUUUGGCAAAAUGUCAGACAUACUGGAAAAAAUCAAAAACUUGUUUAUGUGGGUGCAGCCUGAAGUUACGCAAAAGUUGUACAUUGCUCUGUGGGCGGCGUUUAUAGCAUCGUGCUGUAUUCCAUACAGGAUCAUCGGCCUUUCAAUGGGACUUUAUGCAGGAAUCAAAUUUUUCCUUAUCGACUUUGUCUUCAAGCGGUGCCCGAGGCUACGAGCAAAGUACGAUACCCCUUAUAUCAUAUGGUUAAACUUGCCCACAGAUCCCCAGCUCAAAGAGAGAGCUAAUGCUACAGUAUCAAGACGGCUUCAAACGGCAACGUCGCGAAGUUGCGUGGGCUCCAGCGCCCCGACGGGAGUAAGCAGAGACGAAGACAGCAGCCGAUUUCACACCACCAAGAGAGGCAACUUCUAUGAAGUAUUUAAUCUGUCGGAAAACGAACGUCCUUUGUCAGUGUGUGAGAAUGGCUGGCGCUGCUGCUUAAUUAACAGAGACAGGAAGAUGCCCACAGACUACAUUAGAAAUGGAGUGCUUUACGUCACAGAAAAUUAUUUGUGCUUUGAAAGUUCCAAAUCUGGUUCAUCUAAAAGAAAUAAAGUUAUAAAGUUGACAGAUAUUACAGAUAUUCAAAAGUACAAAGUGCUUUCCGUCCUUCCCGGAUCCGGAAUGGGGAUUGCGGUAUCAACGCCGUCUACGCAAAAACCUUUGGUGUUCGGUGCCAUGGUACACAGAGACGAAGCUUUCGAGACAAUUUUCAACCAGUAUAUCAAGAUAACUUCUGCAGCAUCCACCAGCGAAAGCUAGUAGAUCACUGUGGGUUCUCCUGGGGAGACUUCUAUUAAUUUUACUCACUCGGUAGUGAAUAAAAAGGUGGAACAUCCUUCAUCGGUUCUGCAAUAAUUUUCUUUGAUGCAUAUGUCUUACGUUACACACAAGUGUAUUUUAUAUACGCCUUCCAUGUCUUUGUUUUUUAAAAAAAAGCUUUUGUAAAAAACAGAAAAAUAAAAAACACGGCGAAAGUGCUAUCAUCACUAUUAGCCUUUGCACAUCAAGCACUUUUAAUGUUUAUUUUACGGACAUUAAAAAAAGCUUAGGAAGAUCCUUGGCAAAGCUAGCUCGAGGGGCAGGCCAUAGAAGCUGGCUUGCGCUACCCCGAAAUCCCAGGGCGCGUGAUGGUACAAUCUCUGCAACGGGUUCUGCGUGCAGUCCAAUUAUUGUCGAUUUCAGUAAUGCCACGUAACUGGGUGCAGAAUGGGAGCCUGACUUUGCAAAACGUAUUAACUGCGUGUUUUUGGGAGCCCUGAUAAACGAAUUCUGGAGAGCUUUUGAUAAAUAUAAAUAUUAUUAUUCGAGCAUAUGGAAUACCUGUAGUUAUAUGUCUGAGCAAACUUUCUUGCUAAGACGCCUGUACCUUAUCAAAGAAUUCCCAUCUUCUGGAGUCCUUUGUGCUGAGAAAUAAUAAUAAUGUCUCACAGUGAAAGUUGGUCUGCUCUUUCAUCCCCUGAUAAGAUAAACCAGAGGAAGCCACUGUUUUCAAAAAGAAGGCACCUUUUAGUAAAACUUGUCAUUUUUGUGGUCUCCAUUUUUAGGAACUUCACUUCCCUCACUCCACCAAGAAUAAAUUGGCAUUGUGCUGCCUUUACAGUUUCACUGAUUUUCUACUUUCUUCUUUUAAAACGUUUGUUCUAAUGAGGCGGCUUUUCUAAGUUGUGAAAAUUGGUUUCCUGUAGUACAGGCUCACUCUAUGAGUGCAGGUUUGCUCAUCAAAUUCACACAGCAGAAUGUUUGGUCUCCCCUCUCCUCAAUUUAGUAGUAUAUUUGGGAGUGUGAGGGUGGUGUUUUUCUCCCUUAUGCACAAACAUGCCAAUUUAUUUUCCGUUGCUGAUCGUUCUUGCCUCUUGCAGGCUUCCUCUCUGCUUUGUAAUUCAAUAACGCUUCGUACGCGGAAGGCUUUAAUCGAGAAGAACUAGGAAUGGACUCCCGAUUUUUCAAGCGCUAACUCCAUGUUAUGUGCAAAUGCAUAUAUAUAUAAUGGAUUACCAGUGGACCAAUUUUGUUACUUUUAAACAAGCAGCUUCAGGGGAUUGGAGAUUGUGAGCAGAGAAGUAAUUUGGGAUCUUUAACCCUUUCUGCACUCUCAUUUUCCAUCUCAUGAUCAUUUCCUCCACUGCUUACCCUGUGAGCUCCCAAGUCCUUCAUCGGCAAAGGGCAAAACCGCAACUGGAACCCCAGUGGGAGGGAAAGGGUGAAGCAGUUCAAUUGGGGAAAGGAUUAAGCACAUACACCUCCACUUGCUCCAUCCUAAAACUUGUAUUCAUUUUUCUUUUUAAAAAGGCAAUAGGGGCUCUGGUUAUUAAUAGGGUACACUUGACGCAGGAAAACGAGCUUCUGUGGACUUCAGGCUUCGUUAGGGUAGAAAACUGCUUUCUCCACAUUGUUUUAGAAGGAGUAAAUUUGCAAGGGAAAUAGCAGUGGCAGGAUUUAGCAAAACACACUUUUCUUCGACUGCGAAACUCCUCCUCUUCUCAAAGGGACUUAAGCAGACUUGGAAGUUUAGUUUGGUCUUGAAUCCGAUAUGUCAAUGCAAGACUCACAGUAUUCCAGUUUCACCAAGAGCAAUGUUGUAAGUUUCUCGGCCCAACACAACUUCAUUUU